UAAUAACAGUUCUUUAAACCAAACAAAGUAGGAAUUUUCAAUAAAAUACUAGCUUGUCAUGGCGCAUAAUGAAGCGGAGGAGAUAGCGAAGGAGUUGUUUGCAAUGGUUUGUAAAAAUGGUGGAAUAAUAGACGUGACGGAUAUGAAAUUACGUUCACUAAGCAAUGAAGCGGUUUCAUUUUUAGACAAGGAAGGCUACUAUCCACUGCUGCAAACAUCCUUGAGUGACGUUCUAAAACUUGAAGUCGAGGUACCUGGUAAUCGGGCCACGUUGAAAGCGAGAGUUGCUAUUGAGUUAUGCAAAAAUUAUGUCAAUGGUGAAUGCGUGUUUGCUAAUUGUUCGCGAUUACACGUUUGUCCUUCAUUUAUAAAAGCAGCCUGCGAAAAUGCGAAUUGCUCGCUUAAUCAUAAUGUCUUUGAUGAGCAUGAACUAGGAAUUCUGCGAAAGUUUCAUCUCGAGAAGCUUCAGGAAGAAUCAUUGUUACCUUUGUUACGAAACGUCAUCCUCGGACAAUCUGAUGGAAUGAUUGACAAUCUUGAAGUAUGCGCGUCUUACAACACCGUCCACGGUUGUCCAACCGGAGACUCCUGCAUGAAAUUGCAUUUAUGCACCGCUUUCUCUACAGGAGGGUGUGAAAAUGUAGGAUCUGACUGUGGAAAAAGUCACGACGUGCUGGAAGAAAAGAUCCGUCUGACGAAAAACUUUACAGCACUUGAAAGGUCAGUUAUUGCACAACGAAUUAUAAAUUACCAAAAUUUGAUAAACUUAGCGAAGACAGUCGCUUUGAAUCGUGCCGAUCCACCAACAAUUGACGAAGUAUGUGGAUUUCAUCUGAGAGGAAACUGUCGCUAUGGUCGUCUUUGUAAAAGACACUGGAACAAUUUACCAUAUAUCUGGCAAAUUAAACUAACAAUGGAUGAUGGCAUAGAAAAGUUGGUUCGUUUUCCCGCAAAGUAUAAUCAAUUGAUUGAAUGGGAUUAUUCCGACGUGAACAAGGAUAAAUCUCUGGAGAUAAAUAUUAGCGGAGCGCAAGACUCACUCUUUCAUAUUUAUUUCGAGGAUAUGAUUGCAAAAACACAAGCAGGAAACCAGACGUGGAACAUUCGUCGUUUAUCGACCUCUUCAUGGGUAAAGGCAGCGCCUGGGGAUUGUUUUGGUACGAAAUGGACCUGGUUUUGGCAAAACGAUCAAAAUAAAUGGACCCCCUUUGAUGGAGCUGGUCAAGACGCUUCUAGCACAUCUCAGAAUCCAAGCAGCAAUGAAAUACUUGAAGAGAACUUCUUAUCUGGAGCACAAUCUUUCACAUUACCCUUGAAUGGCUACACAUAUACCAUUGACCUGACGAACAAGCAGCAGACGAAUACAGGCACUGGGAAAACAAGGAAAAUUCGUAGAAGACCAACUGAAUUUGUUGGAGAGCAACGCUUUACUCCAUUUCUGCAGUCAAGGCAAGAAAUUAGGAGACAACCAGCAGUCCAAACUCAACCAUCACCAUUAGCGUUACCCCCAGGCCCUACUGUGACUCUACCUCAAGGAUGGACGCCAAUGUCAUGUGAUCAAGAUGUUUCCAUGGUUACUUUACAGCAAGGAUCGCCCGAAUACCUCUCCGUAGAGGCAAAGUUUAAGAUAACGCUAAGUAAUAAAACGAUUCAUAAAAUUGAACGUGUUCAAAACAUGGAUUUGUGGGAGUCAUAUUCAAGAAAAUUGUCAAAGCUUUCACGAAAAUUGGGCAGACCUGCUGAAGUCAGAGAUUUAUUCCAUGGGACAGGCGAGAAUGCGGUAAACGCGAUAUGCCAGCAAGGUUUUGAUUGGCGAAUGAAUGGUGCUCAUGGUACAGCCUAUGGCAAAGGAUCGUACUUCGCCGUGGCGGCCUCGUACUCCGACGGCUAUUCAAACGUAUCACGAACGACGGGACAUAAAAUGAUGUUUUUAAGCAAAGUCAUCGUUGGUUUGUACGUUGUUGGCAACUCCAACACAGUGCGUCCACCGCCAAGAGAUCCUAACAAACCUUAUGAGCUCUACCAUUCAUGUGUGGAUAACCAAACAAACCCAAGUAUGUUUGUUGUCUUCGACAAUGAUCAAGCUUACCCACAAUUCUUGAUUAGUUACUCCUGACGAUAAAAUUUGACAUGGACCUCAAAUGAAUUACUCAUACUAAGAAAAUAGAAUUCUUUGGCAUAUUUAGUCCAGCAGAAAUAAUUCAAGUGUAUUUGUUUAUUUCACUUGAUUACAAGCAUAUAUAUUUACUUAUACAACGA